GUUCCCAGAAUGACCCGGAUGUAUAUACAACACACAAAUAUUUUGCGCGAAAACCUGAGCCGGGCGGAAUUCUGUAUUUUAUCUAAACAGUUGAGAAAAUCGAUAAAAGCAUUUAAAAACAAAAUCAAGCUCAGAAUGGAUGAAUAUGAUGAAAUGUACGGGAUUGAGGAUGAUUUUGAACAACAGUUUGCAGACGAACUGGAGGUGAUGGCUGAAAUGGACCCGUUCCCAGGCGAGUCUCCUCGUAUCGGGAAGGUGUCGGAGUUCAGAAACAGGAAACAUACGUUCGAGGAAGCUCUGACAUCCGCCGACUCGGCUUUGACUCGCCCGGACACGGCUGCAGCUCCGGAGCGCGAGGACGACGAGUCGCUGACACCUAAAGCGAAGAAGCGGAAACAGGACGUGGCCAAAAAGCUCCAUUUCCAUGAAGAUGAAGAUGGCGGUGAGAUCAUUCCACCGUCCUCACCUGAGGAGCAUCAGAGGUCAGAGAGGACGAGGUCGGGGUUUUCUCUCUCUCUCUCCCCCGACAGACCCGUAGCCGCCGGAACGCUCAGUGUGUUGGACAUCAGCGGUCUGGAAGUGCUGCAGGAAUCUCCGAAGAGAGCCACAACGCCGCGUCACGCGCUGAAGCGUCCCCCGGCGAGCGGAGACUUCAUCACCGUCACCGACUGUACGGGCAACCGGGUGUAUCUCCGCAAGAACCACGAGCAGGACCAGCAGACGCCGGAUCCCAGAUUUUUCCGGAAUACCCAGAAUGCACUGGGGCUGCUGACUGUUCCCAUCGAGGUUCUCAGAGAGCAAGUGUCAGAAAGACGUCAUCGUCAGCUGGUGGAGGAAUCGCAGAGAUUAACAGAACUCCUCAACAGUGGUGUAGAUCCUGAACUCCUUGUGGGUGAAGUGACAGAAAACACUGAGGAUGAAAACGUUAAGGCGUGUGAUGAAAGCUCCGCCUCCCGGCUGUGGGUGGAUCGCUUCGCUCCUCAGCAUUACAUGGAGCUCCUGAGUGAUGACUUCACUAAUCGCUGUCUGUUGAAAUGGCUGAAACUUUGGGACUGGGUGGUCUUCGGCAGAGAGAGAAAGCCUUGCCCGCCCACAGCCGAGUCCAGAGCGAACAGCACCGGCGCUCAGAACCAGCACCAGAACCAGCGCUUUAAAACAAAAAGUCAGAUCACUGAGGAGAUCCUGGAGGCGGAGCUGGACCAGUACAAACGACCCAAACUCAAGGUUGCGCUCCUGUCUGGUCCUCCUGGAUUAGGAAAGACGACGUUAGCGCACAUCAUUGCUAAACACGCCGGAUAUAAUGUAGUCGAGAUCAAUGCCAGUGACGAUCGCAGUGCCGAGUUGUUUCAGAAGCGUAUCGACAUGGCCACACAGAUGAAGUCGGUCCUGGGAGCCGACGAGAAACCGAACUGUCUCAUCAUCGACGAAAUAGACGGAGCUCCAGCGGCUGCCAUCAGCGUGCUGUUAGCGACCCUGAACAGGAAGGACAGUCGAGAAGGAGGAGACUCCACCUCAAACCCCUUGAAGAAAAAGAAGAAGAAAGAGUCGGUUUUGCUUCGGCCCAUCAUCUGCAUCUGUAACGACCUUUACACGCCAGCUCUGAGGCCUCUGAGGCAGCAAGCGUUUCUCCUCACGUUCCCUCCGACGCAGCAGUCUCGCCUCACGCAGAGGCUGGCGGAGAUCACACGUCAGCAGGGUAUGAAGGCAGACACGGGUUCUCUGAUGGCCUUGUGUGAGAAGACGGACAACGACAUCCGUGCAUGCAUCAACACGCUACAGUUUUUACACGGGCGGGGUCGGAGACAGCUGGAUCAGCGUGUGGUGAAUUCUAUGAGCAUCGGCUUAAAGGACCAGAACAAGGGACUGUUUUCAGUGUGGCAAGAAAUAUUUCAGCUUCCUCGAAUCAAAAGGAAACGGAUUGGCGGAGAUCCCUUCGGAGUUUUUGAGGAGGCGGGGCUUAAAGACGGCAGCCAGAGACUUCAGCACAUCGUUCACCUGGCCUCGUCCAGCGGCGAGCACGAGAAACUCACACAGGGUUUGUAUGAUAAUUUCCUCAGUAUGAAGCUGAAGGACCCGAGUCUGACGGGUGUGUGUUCAGGACUGGACUGGCUCUGUUUCUCUGAUCUGGUGAACGAGUGUGUGUUCCACGGACAGAAUUACUCCCUCAUGCGCUACCUGCCCUUCCUCCCCGCCGCGUUCCAUCACCUGUUCGCCGCUAACUCCGUCCCGCGCAUCAGUUACCCCAACAGCCACUACGAGGGUCUCACGAAAACCCAGCACACUAAGAAUGCCGUGGUGGCCAUGUUGGCGGAGAUUCCUCCUUCUAUACGGAGCCGUGUUUGCCAGAAUAACCUGUGUUUAGAUGUUCUGAGUCUUUUACUGGAGCUCAUCUGCCCCAAGUUACGUCCGGUUAAUCCUCAGCUGUACAGUAUGAGAGAGAAACAGCAGCUCUGUGAGCUCAUCGAUACGAUGAUUAACUACAACCUGACCUACAGACAGGAACGCACAGCCGAGGGCCAGUACACCUAUGUCCUGGAACCUAACAUAGAGGACGUGGUGCGGUUUCCUGGUGUGCCCCCUCGGAGACAGCUGACCUAUCAGGUGAAGCAGCUGAUCGCCAGGGAGACGGAGCUGGAGAGGAUGAGGAGGGUGGAGCGUGCGCAGCAGAAACGCAACCCUCAGACAGAGACGGUGGAGGAGGUGAAGGAGGUAAAGAAACCCCAGGCUAAGAAGCAGACGAGCAGGAACCACCAUCAGAGGCUGGAGAACAUCGUGAAACAGACGGUGGUGGAGAGUAAGCCCGAAACGGAUUUCUUCGGACGGGCCGUCGCGCCCAAAGAGAAGCCGUCGGCUCACUCGGCGACAGACGAAGACGGAAGACCGGGCGGCUCGCGGAUCGGGAAAGCCGUAGGAAACAGCGACGUCUGGUUCCGGUUUAACGAAGGAGUUUCGAACGCAGUGCGCAGAAACGUCUACAUCAGAGAGCUGCUCUGAAACGCCAGGAUACACGCUGAAGAAACAAACUGAAUAAAUCUCUCUUUUUUUCAACAUUUAUUAA